GAGGCAAGGGUGUGGCCUUUCAUUCGAAAUAAAUUGAGUGCAUCAGGGAGGAAGUAGAGAGCCACAUAUGCAUGCUGGGGAUUCAGAGCGGUUUGUCGUUUGAGUCUGGGGGAGAUUGUGGUCUGCAACCUGAAGCUGGUGUUUGAAACUUAUUUCUGCUUUUUGCAGGGUGGAAGCUAACCUAAAGUAUGUCCAAACACUCCAGCUAUAACGUAUGAACUCCAAAUAGAACGCAGCCUAUAGAGGAAAUAACUAGCACCCAACAACAUGCACUGAGGCAAGGGAGACAGAAGCAGCAGCAGCAGCACGGUUAAAUCUGUGAAAUGUGCAUGGCCUCCACGAAGUCAGUGUUGCAUUAACCAAGCGGGGCAACACAUCCAGCAGCCACACAGACAGACGGUCUGACGGUCACAAACAGAACAGCUCGGGCCAGUCUGAAUGUGAGGUGAAACUGCAGACAGGUAGAGAUGCGGCGAGUUCGAAGAAAAGCAGGGAACAAAGACAAGGUGUUUGGAUGUGAUCUGCUGGAGCACCUGGCCGCCUCCAAUCAAGAGAUUCCUCAGGUCUUGCAAUGCUGCAGUGAGUUUGUUGAGAAGCAGGGAAUUGUGGAUGGCAUCUACAGGUUGUCUGGAGUGUCGUCCAACAUACAGAAACUAAGGAGUGAGUUUGAGAGUGACGGGACUCCAGAUCUGCACAAGGAUGUGUACCUGCAGGACAUCCACUGUGUCAGCUCUCUGUGUAAAGCUUACUUCAGAGAGCUGCCCAACCCUCUGCUCACAUACCAGCUGUAUGACAAGUUUGCGGAGGCUGUGGCCAUCCAGCUGGAAGAGGAGAGGCUGGUAAAGAUCCGAGAUGUGCUGCAAGAACUACCGGCACCACAUUACAGGACUCUGGAGUUUCUGAUGCGCCAUCUUGUGAGAAUGGCCUCUUAUUGCUCAGAAACCAACAUGCACUCCAGGAACUUGGCCAUCGUCUGGGCUCCCAAUCUGCUCAGGUCCAAGGACAUCGAGGCGUCUGGGUUUAAUGGUACAGCAGCCUUCAUGGAGGUCAGGGUUCAGUCCAUCGUGGUGGAGUUCAUCCUCAACCACGUCCCUCAGCUGUUUCCUGAUCACGGUGCAUCAAACGAGAGAAGAAAGUCCCUCCCCUCCCCGUCACUGAUGUCCAAUCACGAGGAAGGGUUUUUCAAGUCUUCUCCUAUCAAGCCCGUCCACAACUUUGGUAAUAUAAGUCCAGGAGACGGUCCUCUAGCCAUAAGACCUUACCACUCCAUCAUCGAAGGCACUGACAAGAGGAAAGGAUCUCUCAAAGGCAGGAAGUGGAUGUCCAUCUUCAACAUCGGGGGGCGGUUCCAGGACCCCCGACGGAGGCACAAACACUCAGGCAAAGAGAAAGAGAGACCUGUUUUGAGACCGGCAAGAAGCAUGGACUGCCUCAGCACCCCGCCUUAUCCAAACGAAGUUUGCAGACGUACCGGCGAGCGGCCUCCGUCCACCAACAUGUCUCCCCUGGUCACCCCAUCCCCCCAACCUGGCUCCGAGGUCACGCCAACCGCCGGUGCGAUUGGUGGCAGUGAAUAUGCCGUGACGUACCGCAGGGGAACAGGGUUAGUAAGCGGGGGCGUGGGGACCCAGGGCACCUACACUUCCUUUGGCUCCGAGGGUUUGGGAGUCACGGGCAACAAGACUCAGUCCAGAUCCCCGGGACUCUCCACUAAAGUGGGCCGAAGAGCAGCCAUGCACAUCACAGGGCCCACCACGGUCACUGUGCCCCUUCACAUCACCUCCAACUUGGCAUUAGGGGUGCUGCAAGGGGGCGGGGGCGACAGGGUCAUCCACCGGGUCAGGGAUAAGGAUGCAGGGGACAGGGUGGAAGGGAGGGAGGGAGGAGAGAAGGUGGAGAUGAGUGAAAGCAGAGGAAUAGAAAGCAAUUUGGAAGAGAGCAAAAAGGUUGAGGAAGAGGAGAAGACCUCCAGUGAGAAAGUGACAGACGAGAAAGGAGUGGCGGAUGCAGGAGAGAAGACAGUGGCAGGUGGUGGUGGGGAGGAAGAACGGGACGGAAAGAAGGAGGAGAAGGAGGAGAAGGUAGAAGAGGAAGAGGAAGUCAUAGAAGAAUGCAGCUGCAAGCCAGAGCUGGAAGGUGUGUCCAGCGAGGACGCCGAAGAAGAUGCUGCGGUUGACGAUCACAAGGAUGGUGACGACUACAUGGUCUUAGCCCGUGCUUCAUUUCCAGAUAUGAAAGGGGGGAAGUUAGCUGAUUGUGAGCCAGAGGUGACUCCGCCUGCUGGAGACUGUGUGUUUGACGCGUCUGACGUCCACAACUCCACUGCAGUGGAGGGGGAAGACCAGGAGCUGUCGGGCUACGUUCAAGAUAACUUUGAAUUCCUGGACCAAAUGGACUGCAGCGUCCUGGACCACAUGGACUGCAGUGUCUCCUACCAGGUGACCGAGUUCUCCGUUGAACCUCCUGGACACUCAGAUGAUGAAUAUGAACUGAUGACGCAAGCUCGGUCUUUCAGUCCUUCUGCAGAGCUGCAGACAGACCUGCCACCCGCCCCUAAAGCACGAACGCCGAGCCAGGCCGAGUUAAAUCCACACCGGCCGCUCAGCAUCGGCUCAUACAACCGACACACUAAAUCCCUCAGCCUGCCGUACAUUACCUCCCCCGUCCUCGGGCUGGAGGAGUCCUGCUCUGAAGAGGAGGCUGCAGUGGAGGACAGUGAUGACAACGAUUACAGCAGCGAGGAAGACGAGAGCAUGUUUAUUAAAAGCCUUCCCCCCGAUUUCUUCUUAAACAAUUUGAGCUUUGAACGAGACACUCACAUUCAGGACAGAUGCACUCUAGAUGGAGUCCCUGCACAUCAGUCCCAGAGCUCUGCGGACAGAGGAUGCCAGUCACCGAACUUUGCAUUUUCUGCACUUGAUGAAUCAACUGUCGGAGAUGUGGAGCAGGUGGAAGGGAAAGAUAAAGGAGAAAAUGAUGCGCUGCAAGAAAAGGAGACAACAAAGAAGGAAGAGGAGGAUCACAGCGAGAGAGAGCAACUGGAAAACAAUAGGCAAAGGGAAGCAACAGAGGAAGAUGCCAUGGAAGACCCUCCGAGUGACAAAGAACAACCUCUCACUCCAGAGGCAUGGACGCGCCGCUGCGUAGACUUCCCACUCCCGAGCGAUGCUGAAUCAAGCACUGUCGCCGACCUGAAGGCAGAGGAGCAGGCGGACAUGUCUGACAAUCAUCGCAGCGAUUAUCCACCUUGUGAUGACGUUUCUUGUGCUACACAGGAAGAAACCAAUGACGUUUCUUUAGAGGAGUCUGUAAGGGCAACAGAGCAGCCCCAAACCUGUGAUACCAAAGAGAGAGACGGGCAUGACGUAGAGGACAGGGAGGUGUACAAAGAGACAGAGGACACAUGUCAGGCAAUAGUUCUAGAAAUUGAAGAAAGGGAUAAUGACAUGUGGGAAGAAACCUCUGAGGAGGUCAUUGAAGUGAUUGCUGAAGAAAAACAUGAAAAAAAGAUGCAGGGAGGCGACAUAGAGCAUGAUGGUGCAAUUUGUAGUACAGGCGGGGACAUUUGGGUUGAACUUGAAGAUGUUAUAUGUGAAGUGAUUGAGGAUAAGGAAAGCAAGCAGGUCAAGGAAAAGGGUGCAAGAGAAAGUGUCGGUGGGGAGGGAGACAUGAUCGGAGAUGUCAGAGUCGGAGAAGAGGAAGAGCAGGUAGCAAAGGUUUCAGGAGAGGGAACGGUGGAAGUGGACGAAGAAGAGACGAACGAGACAGAAGUUAGAGAAGAGGUAGCGGAGGAGUCCCUGGAGACGGCUGAGGAAAAGAUCACAGAAACAGACAUGCAGCGGGAGUUUGGGGAACAAGAGACAAACUUACUACUUACAAAUCCAUGUGAACCAGAAGAAACCGUUCAUGGGAAGCACGUCGGAAAUGAGAAAGCACAGCAGCAUAACAGAGUAGACAAAGAGAGAGCCGAUGAGCAACGUAGAACACCGCCACGUGUGGAUGAAUGCCUGAAAGAGGUCAGGUGUGACGUGAAGGAGUUGAAAGAGGGCAGAAAGUGGGAGGAAAGUGACAGCAGCCAAGGAGGAGUGGGAAGGAAGCUGGUCAUCUCCAAAAACCCGAGGGUUUACCAAGUAAAAGCUGUACCGGUCGUGCCCCCGAAGCCGCAGCACUGCAAAAUCACGGCCCUGACCCUGCGGCAACAGCAGCAGCAGAGAGACGCCGACAGAGAGAGAGAAAACACGGCCAGAGUCCCGGCGGAGCAGGACAGAGCGUGUGCGGGAGACAGCGAAGACGACGGCGGGGGGAGAAAGGAGCAGCCGACACCCAGGGGAGGGGAGAGAGGAGAGAGGGACAGGAGAAGGGACGGGGAGGAAAGGGAGGCGAGGGACACGAGCUCAAACAGCCCCCUCAGCAUGUGUUUUGAUGAGGCGGUUGCUAUAGCAACCAUGAGGCGAGGAAAAGAAAAAGAGUGCGAAAAAGAGAAGGAGAGGCAGAGGGAUUGGGGAAAUGAAGUCCAGUAAAGUUUUUUUUGUGUCUGUAUAUUGAUUUAAAGUGAUUUGACUGUACAAACUAUUUUUCUAUGUGUAGCAUAAUGGGCUGUACUUACGUCCCCAAUACCCAGGAUGUCUUAUUAAUUCUCGAUGCAAUGCUAAAGACGUUAAGGUGAGUGUUUUUUCCUUUACACACCAACUUGAUGUGCAACCAAAAAACUAUUAUUAAAAGAUAUAUAUAUUUUCUAUUGAGGAUUUUAUUGUUUUAUUCGUCAGAGAACCGUAUAAAGCUGACAGGAAAUUAGGGAGAAGAGUUGGGGGGGGGACUCGAACUAGGGUUGAUACCAUUGAAAUAGCUGCAAUUGUGCUACCUGAUAUUAAGUUUAAUAAAACUGAAACCGAAAGCAAACACAGAGGGGAGAUGAGAUUAAAGGUGAAGUGCUGCUGAAACAUACAAUAAAUAAUAAAUAAUACAUGCAUAACCCAGAACUAGGUCUGUAACACCUAACAUCCCACUCCAUUUUGAUCAAAAGUAAAAAGAUUUGUCUCAAAUCUAGCUCAUACCUGUUUGCACUCAAGUAUAUAGUUUAAGAUUUUUUCAGAACAGGGAUGAUGAAUCGAAUGUGUGAUGAAUAUAAUGUCUGCAGAAGUCAUUUUUUGGUUAUGUGAAUAAAAAGAUUUUUCCAAGAU